UCGCGUUCGAGAGAACAGAUCCCAACCAUCUCCUCCCAACUUCUGCAAACUUUUUUUUCCCCCUCUCCUUUCAACUUUCUGGUUUGCUUCUCCCCCACCCCCUCCUCUCCCCAUCCCGCGCACGAGUAAGGCAACUAAACUGCUCCCAAAGAUGCGAUCCGUUUCAACCGGUCGUGUCUUCUUGUACUCGACGUGGGUCUCUCUCGUCCUUGGCAGCACGGUGGAUGUCAGCGUGCUGGUGCUGCUGCCGGUGGAGAGCACGUACCUCUUCUCCAUGAACAGAAUCAAACCUGCCAUCGACUACGCCAUCCAGAACCUGGCGCAGCCCAAGUUCAACUUCAGCGUGCGCUACUUGGACUCUGAAUGUGGCAACAAGGCUCUCUUUCAGCUGGUGGACAUCAGCCUGCUGCAGAAACCCGAUGUCAUCGUGGGUCCCGUGUGCGACUACGCGGCGGCGCCGGUCGCCCGCCUGGCGUCCCACUGGAACAUCCCGAUGGUCUCAGCCGGACCCCUGGCGUCUGGCUUCGCCCACAAGGUCCCCGAGUACUCGCACCUCACGCGGGUCUCCCCGUCCUACUCCAAGAUGGGCGAGAUGUUCCUGGCCAUGUUCCAGCGCUACAGGUGGAAGAGGGUGUCCCUGGUGUACGCCGAAGAUUUCGAGGAGAGGACCUGCUUCUUCACAGUGGAAGGGGUCCAUGUCGCCUUUGUCGGCGCAGACUAUCACAUGCAUUCAAUUAGUAUCUUUGAUGAGGACGAUCAGUUUGACGACAUCGUGCAGGAUAUCCGGAACCAUGCCAGGAUUGUGAUAAUGUGUGCAAGUAGCCACACCAUCCGGAAAAUCAUGCUCGCGGCGCACCGCCAGGGAAUGACCAAUGGAGACUAUGUAUUCUUCAACAUCGAGCUCUUCAACAGCAGUCUAUACGGAAAUGGCUCAUGGAAGCAAGGAGAUAAAUUUGAUCUUGAAGCCAAACAAGCCUACCAGUCACUUCAAACUGUGACUCUACUGAGGACAGCAAAGCCAGAGUUUCAUAAGUUUGCUGCUGAUAUGAAAAACAGAUCACGCCAUCAGUAUGAUUUGACAUAUGAAGAUGAUAAUGUAAACAUGUUUGUUGAGGGGUUCCAUGAUGCCAUUGUUCUUUAUGCCAAUGCACUUCAAGAGGUUCUAAAGCGAGGAUACAGUAAAACCAAUGGAUCACAAAUUGUACAGAAGAUGUGGAAUACAACCUUUGAAGGCAUAGCAGGCCAGGUGUCAAUUGACGCCAAUGGAGACAGAUACGGAGAUUUCUCUGUGAUAGCAAUGACUGAUCCUGCAACUGGUACACAAGAGGUAAUUGCUGACUACUAUGGCUUGAAUGGCACCUUUGAACUUAGGCCAAAUGUGAGACUUCCCUGGGCAAAUGGAAUGCCACCUCCAGAUGAACCAAGCUGUGGUUUUACCAAGGACAAAACUGCCACCUGUAAAUCAUGUGGGCUUGGAGAGUCUGCAGUCACAGGCAUUGUAGUCGGCUCACUGUUGGGAUGUGCACUGCUGCUCGCUUUUUACUUGUUCAGGAAGAAAUACAGGAUAACUGUUGAGAGACGAGCUCCAGUGCAUGAAGCUGACAAUGGUCCCCACUGCUGCCACCCACUGCUAUGCUUCCUCCUUCAGCUGAGAGCACGGGAUGAUCUGGGUCACAAUCUACUCCAUUGUCACCAUUAAUGCCACACUAUACAUGGUCAACAGGAGGUGCACGCCUGCAGGACAGGACUGGUCCUGCCAGUUCUUCCUCGAGCUGAGAUGGGAUGUACUAUUGCUUCCAGGCCUUGGCCUACUCAAGUGCCCACUGAUGUAUAACUUUCAUUGUUUUAUUUUCAUGUAGAAUGUGAAUAUUUUUUUAGAAGAGAAGUUUAACUUCUCCCAUGCAUUAACAUAUUUGCUGUGGCUUCCUACAUUACAAAACAACUUACCCACAUCUUUCGAUGUAAAAGAUGCCCUCCAUUAGUAGCAAUAUAGAUAUUACACACAAUAUUAGGUUGAACAAAAAAUGUACGAACAACUUCAGGAGAUUUUAUGAACAUGUAGCUUUAGUCCAGAGUCUUCCCAAGAAAUAUUUUAUUAAGAACCUAGCUCUAGUCCUUUAACAGAAAUGGGUGUCAGCUAAUUGUUGACAGGAUUCUUGGUGAAUGUUAAAGUACUGAUAUUUCUACAAGCUAAUUCCCAUUGCUUCAAAAGAUCAGUUAAUUAAAGACUUGUUUGAAAAGCAACCCAUGUUUGAUCAGUAGUAUAUAAAUGCAAGCUGUCAAUAAAGCCGGAUUCCUGAUACAUCAGUGAUCACUGAUAUCAUAAUUACAGGAAUCAAUUAUUGAAAUGAAUUAAAUUCAAUUAACUAUCAAUUGAAAGCUUUUCAAGAUUCCACAUAAAGUUUCUUGGAUCAAUUACAAUAAUAAUUACUUUCAUUUAUAUUGUAUAAUUAAUGUAUCAAAGCAGCAAGAUGCUCCACAGGUGUGAUUAUCAAACAGACAACGGUGCAGGUUAGGAUAUAGAUUCCAGAGGGUAUUAGGUAAGUUAAAGUUUACAUUGAAUCCAUGAAGGGAGGUCUGAGAGGAGAGCACUUGAAUCCAGUUUUGAAUAAUUAAAUCUAGCGAUAGCAAAAGCAUGGAUGAAGGUAUCAGUAGGAGCUGAUUGAAGGGAUUGGAUGUUAGCUGAUUGUGAUGAUAGUGAGGGCAGGUGGUCAGAGAUGAGCUGAGCCUCAGAUGCCAAGAUUGCAAACAAUGUUGGUUUCAGUUAAUCAGUAGGGAGAGGGAUAAAAAUACAGAAAAUAAGGAAAAGGAGUAGUUCAUAAUCAUCCAUGCUCCACCAUUCAAUAAAAUUGUGGCUGAUCUGAUCUUUGACCUCACUUCCUUGCCCAAUCCCAAUAUCCUUGAUUCCCCUCUAGUCAAGAAUCUUCCAUUGGAUCUCAGGCUUUGUGCUGUACAGUGAGGACAAAGGUUUUGGCUCUCCCAGUCUUGAGGAACAUUUGUGAUUAAUAAACACUGGAUGUGUUAUACCACCAGCAUGGCCAGUUGGAGGCAAUUGAAAGUAUGAGAGAGGUGAUGAAGUAGAACCGAGAAUAGUUAGUGUACAACGGAAGUUGCCAAUGUAUUUUUGAAUGAAAUUGCUGAGAGGUGGGAUGUAAAAAUCCAGGGCUAAGUCUUCUUUGUGUCUACUACAUGUUUCUUAAAUGUUUUGCACAAGUUUUGACAUUCUCCUAAAUGUGACUGCUGUUCCUUCACUGAACCUGUGUGACUCUCUGACUCCAUCUAAUUUAUCUUUGUUCUUUCAGAUUGUAUCCCUUGCAAGAUUGUAAACUUCCUCCUAUGUGGGAAUGAAGAGCUGCAAUUUAUGCAUGUUUCAAUCAACAUUUAAUAAUCCUAGAAUUUAUUUUCAUCCUCUAGUUUCUCUCCUCUCUCCUCCAUGCCGGCUCUAAGCUCAUUUUAUGAGCAAGACCCACCGUCUGCCCCUCAACACUGUUUCCAUUAAACCAGUCCGUUCAGAACCUCAGGUUAACUAAUCUUUUUAAAGGUUUGUUUCAAGUAAUGUCCCCAUUGCCUUCAAAAAUCUGCCUUCAGUACCUCUUUAAUAAAAAACAAUAUUUAACCCCUCUAUCCUUGCAAACUAUUGUCUCAUCUUUAACUUUCUUUCCUCUCAAAUGACUUUCCACCCAAAUCUGUGUCACUGUUUCCAGGAAAGUUAUGUUUUAUUCCCUCCAGUUGGGCUUUCUGAAAUGGGUGACUCUCAUCAAAUCAUUAAUACAGAAAGUGACUCCCCAACCUGCCUGCAGCCUUGGUGAACCACGCUGUGCCCCAAUGCCACUCCAUUGUGACCUACCUGGGUAGGAUUGCACUAGCCAGUUUUCGUUUUAUCUGUGCAGUUAUUGCCAGGGACACUCUGGCCUAAAGCUGUUCCUAUUUCUUAUAUUCUUAUGACGCCCAGCGAUACCCCUGCACAAUUCUCUCCACUCAUUCACCCAUUUGCUUUUAGCCAUGUUCACUCCUGCUCCAACUUGAUUUCAAAAUAUCAUCCUUGUUUUCAAAUAUCUCCAGUGACUUGGACCUUCCAGUAUUCCAUAUUAACAACCUCUUGUCUUCUUGAUUUCAUUGAUCCUCCAGUUCUGUCCUCUUAUUUCCUCUUGAUAUUAAUUGUCCCACAAUUGUUGCCGAGUUUGGGGGCCAAGGCAGAUGCACUUCUAUCUGCCUCGGCCCCAAACUCUGCAACUUUCCCCUCUAGCUUUCCAUCUUUCUUCUUUAAAACACUCCUUAAUGUCUACCUCUCAGACUAAGCCUAAGGUAAUGUGUCUGAUAGCCCUCUCUCCCUCUCUGGAGCUCAAUGCAGAGUUCUAUCUAAUUUUUGUUUGAUAUUACUGCCAUACUCCUUGGGCCCUUUCAUUAUGCUAGAAGUGCUAUAUAAAUGCAAGUUGUUCUUGUGACCAGGUAGUUGCAAAUUGGAGUGGAACUCAGAGCUGCCAAACACCAACCAGUUAAACUGUUUAAAACAAGGGUUGACAAAGCAAAUGACAAGUUAUCCAGCUCACAUCAAUCCAGCACUUUGGUAGUCUAGGGAGAAGGUGGUCUCAAACUGGUCUGCUGUAAGUGCCCGUGAUAAAAUCUAGCUCACCCAAAGUAUGUGCAUGUUCUGUUCUGGUACGAGUGAACACUGCAACAAGUUUCAUGUUCCUUUUGGUUUCAUCAAGAACUUUGGCUCCCUCUAAUCAAACUCUAUCUCAGGAUGCUUAUCUUCUUUGGCCAAAGUGUUUCUGUAAUGAUCUACUGAUAUAUUAAUUAAAUGGGUCCAAGACUAGGAUUUGGGAUCAGAUUUCUAAUAGGUCUUCCAUGUGAUGGAAGUUCAGCUGUAUCACAAUUUCACUGACAGAAGGAUACUGUAGAACCUAGUACUUGGAUAAACUGUAAGGAUUUUUACAAUUAGAACAAAGCCAUGUGGCCCAACAAGCUGUUGUCUUGCAUCAAGUAUGAACAGCAACAAGACUUGAGUAAAUAGACCUCAUACUAUGUUUGAUCUUUGUCAUUUUACAAAUAUUCUAAGAGAACGUUAGUAGCUUGAAUUUUCCCAUGUGUAGUGAUGAAAGCUUAGAUGGAUUUUUUUUAUCAAGUCACUUCAGAAAAAAAAUUAAAAUAAGACAUUUGAAAAUAUAAAUAGCAAUGUGUAUCUGUGAGGGCUUGUUUUUGACUUUUUUAAAAAUAAAAGACAUCCAAGCAAUGAUUUUUUUUGCUAACAUUGUAAAUAAACAGGCUUUUACUUUGAGGCAAUCAUUUUAAGAACUGUUGGUUCAAUGUAUGAUUUGUUACACUUCAAGAAUGCCCUUAUUAUCAUACCAGGAUUUUAAAAUAGCCUUCAUUGAUUCAGGAGUUGGCUCACCACGACUUUCUCAAGGGCAAUUGAGCACGGCCAAUAAAUAUUGCCAUUACCAGCUGCGCCCACAUCCCACAAAAGAAUAAAAAAUGACAAAUAUCUGCAAAACAUUCCUGAACUGUGUACUUGCGAUAUGAUCCAGAGGCCAGCUCUGAAAUUAUUUGUUACAUUUAGCUCUUAGAAUUUAGUAAUUGGUUGUAUGAGAUGAUAUUUUCAUUAUGGCAAUAAUAUCUAACAGCACAAACUACUUUGAAAUGCUGUAAAUGAUCAAAUACAAAUUAAUUGCAGCAAAAUAUUUUGGGCCUUUAGAACUGUAU